GAAUCGACAAAGAAAUGGCCACCUUAAAACACCCUAAACAAACCUCGUUUCCUACCUCACCGCUUCUUCUCUGUUGCACUCACCAGACACGCCCAAAGCCUCACCUCCUAUGCUCGCCGGCGUCGGCCGCCGCCGGCGAUGCCAACCAGCCCGCUGAAGCUCCCUUCCCCCGGCGGCCGACUCGGCCGCCUCCUCGACUCCCUCCGCCAGCCGGCGCGCGCAGGGCCGCUCCCCGUCCAGACCGGCUUCCCGACCUCCCUCGCCGACCUCGUUGUCAAGAACCAUGUCCGCCUCAAGAACCCCAGGAGGCGCCACCGUCCGAGCGCCGUCCCGUCGUCCCCUGCGCCCCCUGUCACCGCCGCGGAGCUGGUGCCCCAGCAAAGGCGCGAGCUUUCGGUGGUUCAGGACGCGGCGAUACGGCCUAAAGUCGCGGCCUUUAGCAUCCGGCCGGAGCUCCUCGCGGUCGGUGGCACCGUGGCGCUCGCGCUGCUGCUGAUCUGGAGCAAGAUGCUGGUUGCGGCGGCCACGCUCGCGUCGGUGGCGCUGUUCUGGAUCGAGUCUGUCAGGUCGUCCGCCUCCCGCCAGGGGCCGGAGACGAAGGAGGAGCUCGAUUUGGGCGGCCGCGGCCGCGGCUCGCCGAUUCGGGAGGAGGAUUCGGCCGCCGAUACGCCCAGGCUGAGCUGCGCCGACUCCGACCAGGGAAGCGAGGUCUCCUCCCUGGGGGGCGCCGACACGAUCGACCUCGCCGGCGGCGACGAUUCGAUCAGUUCGAAGAGGAAGGAGAAGAGGAGAUCGCUGAGGAAACUAAUCGCUAAGAAGCUGCACAACGGCAAGAGGUCCAAGGACAAGGACUCCCCGGCCUCUCGCCACGGCGGCGAGAGGAAGCACCCGGACGCCGGCGAGGUGGGCGUCAACGCCGGACCAGUAAAAACCGAGACUUUAGCUACUCCUGCCGAGCAGACGUCGCCACCAGAAGCGAUCACCGAUGAGAAGUGUCGACGAUGGGGCGCAUUGCCUUUGUCUGCGUUCAUACCGAUCAUCCUCGUCGGCCUCAUCGCCGGGAAGCUCCCGGCGGUGGCGCUCGCCGUGCUCUGCGCCGUGUUCUUCAGCUCAGUCGAGAGAGUACCCAGCUAGCUAGUGAUCUGAGGUAGCAGCGUUCGGUUCAGAGCCCAGAAUCCCCCGAAACCGGGGGAGUUUGCAGAAUUUUCCAGUUUGUUUGUUGUAAAUUAGGUACAAGAGACAGAAGUGUAUACAUGUUCUUGGUUUCUUUU